AUGCCAACCAGCGUCCUCCUCCUUCGAGCGGCGUCGAAGGACGCUCCAGACAAGUACGAGUCCUCAUUUGUCGCUGCUGGAUAUGCCCCCACUUCCAUCCCCGUUCUCGAGACCAGCCUCACAAACGUCGAAGAACUAGUCCGAAUUCUCAGCGACACUAGCACUGGCUUUUCUGGAGUGGUCUUGACGAGUGCUAGGGCUUGCGAGGCUUGGAAGAGUGCUAGUGACCUUGUGGCUGCACCAUCCUUAGUUCGCUGGUGCGCUCUUCCAUUCUACGUUGUGGGCAAGUCUACGGCAUCAGCGCUGCGCGAACUUGAUGGUGCGCCCAAGGACAUCUGGGGCGAAGACUCAGGAAAUGCCGAGCAGCUAGCUCGUCACAUCUUGAACGAUACUCGUCAGAUGUCGGGGAAACUGCUGUACCUCACUGGUGACAAGAACAGGGACACUUUGCCUAAUAUCCUAACUUCCAACAACCUGAUCCUUCAUCAACUUCAAGUCUACGAAACACGAGGGUCAGCCCAUUUCGCGACUGAUCUGGCAGAUGUGUUGAGCAAAGGCACUGAUGGCCUUGAUCUAUGGUGGAUUGUCUACUUUGCCCCCUCUGCGGCAGAAUUCGUCACGCCCACCUUGAACUUGCACUUCAAUUUUGGUGACAAGGAAGACCGAUCGCAGAAGCGUCGGCAAGCUUACGUCGCUGCGAUUGGCCCGACAACCCAUGACUUUCUGCGAGAUACCCUCAAGUUGCAUGUGCAUGCUGUCGCUUCAAAGCCCACGCCCGAUGACUUGGUUUCUGCCAUCAAGGCACACGACGGUAUCGACUCAGUUGCUGCGUAG